AUGCCAUCAAACACAUUUCGGAUGUUAAUUUGUGGAAACAGUGCAUGUGGUAAAACUAAUCUGCUGUAUCAUAUGUUAAUUAAACCUCUACUAUACUAUGAUGAGAUUUAUCUUUACGCACGUAAUCUAGAACAGGAUAAGUAUCAAAAGCUAAUUCAAAAAAUGAGGGAGUUAAGUCAUAAAUUGGGAUAUGAAAUACUUCAUGUUAGUAAUGAUGAAAUAAUCCCAGUGACAGAAAUGGAUUAUGAAGACAAUCAAAAAAUUGUGAUAUUUGAUGACUAUGUUUGUGAUAAAAACCAGAGACAAAUUAUUGAUUAUUUUAUUCAAGGACGGCAUAAGAAUUGUUCUGUAAUCUACCUUAGUCAAUCGUUUUAUAAAACACCAAAAGAUAUUCGUCUAAAUUGUUCUCAUUACUGUCUAUACGAAUUUCCAUCAUCGAGGGAAGCAAAUAGAAUAUCAUCUGAGUUGGGAGUAAGUAAAGAAAAUUACUACUCAGCAACUAAAGAACCUUAUUCAUUUCUCUACGUUGAUAAACCAAAUAAACGUAUUACAAAAAAAAAUUACUGGUAAUCUAGUCUAAUAAUAAAAAUGGGAAUAUUUAACGAACGAUCUCUUGAUCAUCCCUUUGCUAGGGGAAUUCAAGGUGCUCCAGGAGUUGGAUUUAAUCUAACUUCAAGUGGUGAUUAUGAUAUGGUAGGUAAAAAACUAAGAAAUGUUGGUGCACCUAGUGCUAAUACUGAUGCUGCUACAAAGAAAUAUGUUGAUGACAAUUCCAGUGGAUCACCCUCAACAUCAAGACUAACAGUUGAUUCAAACAUUGAUAUGAAGGAUAGAUACUGUAUUCAAAAUCUUAUCACACCACAGGAUUCUAAAGAUCCAGCAACAAAAUAUUACGUAGACAACACAUUUCUUGACAGAGAUGGAUCUUACCCAAUGAAAGGAAAUCUUAAUAUGGACAACAAUCGAAUAUAUAAUCUUCCUGCUCCAGAUGGUUCCAAUCAACCAACACCAUUAGCUUUCACAGAUAUGAAGUAUCUCCAUGUUGCCGGAACAAAUAAAAUGACUAAUAAUCUAAACAUGGAUAACAAAGGUAUAAUUCAUUUAAAACCACCAACAGACUCCACAGACGGCGCAACCAAAAAGUAUGUGGAUGACUCAAUACCUGAUAGCAGUUCUUUUAUAAAAAAGGACGGAAGUGUAUCAAUGACUAAUAACCUAAAUCUUGGAAACAAAAAAAUUGUUGGUCUUGCAACUCCAGCGUCAAACACAGAUGCUGCAACAAAGAAAUAUGUGGAUGAUAACACAGUUGCUCCAGAUUUAAGUAAUUAAUUGAAAAAAGAUGGUACCAUCAAAGAAAAAAGAUGGUACCAUCACUAUGACUGGAGAACUUAAUGUUGGUAAUAACAAAAUAGUUGGUCUCGCAACUCCAACAUCAAAUACAGAUGCUGCAACCAAAAAAUAUGUGGAUGAUAGUGCUGGAAGUCCAGAUUUAAGUGAUUACUUGGAAAAAGAUGGUACCGUCACUAUGACUGGUAACCUUAAUCUUGGAAAUAAUAAAAUAGUUGGUCUCGCAACUCCAGUGUCAAACACAGAUGCUGCAACCAAAAAGUAUGUUGAUGAUAAUGCUGGAAGUCCAGAUUUAAGUAAUUAUUUGAAAAAAGAUGGUAGCGUUGUUAUGACUAGUAACCUAAAUCUUGGAAACAAAAAAAUAGUUAAUCUCGCUACUCCAACAUCAAAUACAGACGCCGCAACAAAGAAAUAUGUAGAUGACAACACAGCUGCCCCAGAUUUAAGUGAUUACUUGGAAAAAGAUGGUAGCGUUGCUAUGACUGGAGAACUUAAUGGUGGUGGUAAUAAAAUAAUAAAUAUUGGUAAACCACUCCAAAAUAGUGAUGCUGCAACCAAAGAUUACGUUGAUAAACUAGUUCAUAGUACAGCAGUUCAACCAAGUCAUUACAACAACCAGUUUGCUUAUCUUAUGUCAAGUGGGUCUCAAUGGACUGAUGAAAUAGAUAGUGGAAAUAGUUUUAUUUUAAAUAGGAUAGAUGACUUACCACCAAACAAAGGCAACUUUCACGAUUAUAAUCACAAAGUAAUUUACAUGUAUAUAGUUAAAAAUAAACAACAAUAUAAGUAUAAGAUGGGAAUUAAUUUUUACAGAAUACCUGCAAAUACUGAUUACACGUUGUGUUUGAAAAUACUCAACACAGAUUAUACUCUUUGGGAUAAGACUCAAAUAAGUGUUGACAAAGGAACUUCAACAGGAUUAUCAAUUGGAAAUGUAGGUAUAAGAAAACUAUCCCAUAGGUAUACUGAUUCAACAGGGAAAACACAAACUAUGUACUACCAUAGAAUGAUAGUUAAUUUCCGGAAGUUGUCAUCUGGUAAUAAGUUCUUUCUUCACAUUCUUGUUGAUAUUUCAAACAGAGGAUAUAACAUUGCGAAAUAUCCGCAAAUUUUUCAAGGGGUUUACAUGAUUGCUUAUGGUAUUGUGGGUACAUUUAGCAAUAUCGACCCAGAUAAAGUUUACGACUAUCACACCGCAUUUGACAUCAAACCAACAGAAGUAGUGUACAACGUUGAUAUAAAUGCAAAUCAAAAAGAAAUUAAAAAUAUCAAACUUGACCGAAACAGUAAUAAUAGUGCUGCAACAGUUGCAUUAGUAAAAGAACUAGCUCCUCACACUAAAAACAGUCUUUACAGAUUAUACUUUAGUGAAUUUUAUGACUUUACUGAUGCGGAUUUGUAUGGAUUACGUAGAGGUGUAUCUGGUGUUAUUUUCAAUUCUUUAAGACCUAAUAUUACACUUCCCAAUAGAGACCUAACUGAUAUAACAAAUUAUGGCAUAAAUGUGAAAGGUUAUACUGUUCAUUUUGGUCUUCCUAAUUAUAUUACAAAAUAUAGUUUAUGUAUUGUUUUUACUGAUUGGAGAAAUAGAAGUUUUAGCCUGAUUAAAGAAAAUACAGAAAAUAAUAAUAUUUUAGUAAAAUUGGAUUAUAAUAAAUCAAACAAUAAAGUAACUUUAACUGUCAAUAAAACAACUCAAAAUUUUACCAUGCUAAGUAGUUUUAAUGGCCAAAGGAUUGUUGUAUGGCUGUUAGAAAAUUUUAGUGCAAAUGUUACAAAAGUUAAAAUAAGUAACUACAGCUCGACAUUAACUAUACCAGCCGUUCAACAAUCCUAUUUUCAACAGUUUAAUUUUACAACUGAAGAUGGAGUGUUAAAUAAAUUAAUGUACUCUCCAAACUUUUACGACACUGACUCUGUGCAAUAUCACAAAGUAAUGCUUCAAGAAAAGUUAAAUGGAUCUUAUGUAGUAUAGGGGAACCUACGGUUCCCCCUCCCUUGGUUAUGCCACAUUAAUAUACACAAAAGAAUAAAUGAAAAGAAAUAGUAGUAAAAAAAAGAGUAUUUUUGAAUUUAAUCAUAUCGACAAAUCUUUAUCGGAAGAGCAAAGAAAAACUAUAACAGACCUUUAUAAACAUUACCAUAAGAAACAUUGGUGUUAUAAGAAAUCUUAUAAAUCUUAUAAAUUUUUAGGUAACAUUUUUUCUAUUUCUAGUUUAUCUCUUAUUGCUGUUGGCACUAUUACAGGAGGAUUAACAUUAAAUCCUAUUAUUCUUGGUGUAAUAAAUGGAGCAGGAGUAAUUGUGGGUGGAAUUACAAAAAAGAAGGAUUUUUAAAAAAAGAUAGAAACAACAAAGUUAGCUUAUACAACUUAUGAAAAAGUGCUUGUUGAAUUACGAUCAGCACUCAGAGGAGAUGAGUGGAAUAAACAAGAAUUUAUAGAUCGUAUUAAAAUAUUAGAUGAAAUGAUAAUUGAUCAAUGUCCAUCGAGUGUGGAUAACUUUGUGGAAAAAUAUAUAAAGAAAUUUAAUAUCUAG